AUGAGGGCGGCUGAGCGGCGGACGCGCGCCGGGACCCGCCCCCUGCAGCCCACGUUUGAGCGCCAGGGAGAGCAGGUGUGGGUGACGGAGGACACAGUGACCAUCGCUGAGAAGCACUCUGGCCAGUUCUGCUUGCCGCUGGCCGCCUCCACCCGCGAGACAGCCCGGCCGCGCGACAAGGCCCACCAGCUGGUCAAGCAGCUCAGCGACUUGGCCAACGCGGAGAACCCGGAGAUGCGGGCCGCCCUGAGGAACUUCGCCGAAGUACAGGAUGACUGGCGGGCCGAGGUCGAGAGGCUGGAGACCAAGGUGGUCAUCAACCCCCUGGAGCUCCACGGGGUGCAGAUAAAGCAGAUCCGGGCUGAGAUCAAGAAAUUCAAACACGUCUGCAACAAUGAGCUCAAACAACGGGAAAAGCUGGAGAAACUGAGGCAGAAGUCCCCUUCAGAGAGACAGACCAUCGCGGAGACCAGUGUGCAGAGGGCCGCGGUGGAUGCCAGCCGCAGCUCCCAGCAGCUGGAGGAGACGGUGGACGCCUCCCAGGAACAGAAGCUGAAGGCCCUCCAGAAAAUGUUUUCAGACUUUGUGACCAUUGAGAUGGUCUUCCAUGCCAAAGCAGUGGAGGUAUUCCAGACCCUGGAGAGCUAUGACCUGGAGAGAGAUCUGGAGGAUUUUAGAGCCACGAUGCGUAGAGUUUAUGGGCGUUGUGACGCUCGGCUGCUCACGGACACCACCCUGUCCCCGGCUGGCCCGUGGUUUCUCGCCCAGAGCGCCCAGAGCGCCAUGCGGAGCCAGAGAAAAGCAGCAGCCAGUGAGGACAGCUCUGCAGAGGAGGACCCCGUGGAGGACCUCAGGGGACAGGGGAAGGGGCUCCGUCAGUAGGACGAGAACCCCCCAGUCAGGAAAAGGGGGCUGAGGCUCGAUGCUCGGAGGCUCCGCCGUGUGCAA